GCAUAAAUCCCUCAACCAAAGCAUUCGAUAGUUAAAUGACAUCUUCAGAUCAAGAUAGUUCCCUAUCAAAGAGAUUUAUGAACCCCAACUGCAGUGGUAAUUCCCUUGAAGACGAAUAUCUCAAAUUGUGUGAGGUCGAAAAUGAGCUCAAAAGAAAGAUAUCCCAUAAAAAGGUAUUUAUAUCCACUUUUAAGAGAAAAGAGAAAGAAUAUGAAGACCUAAAGAAACAAUUAAAGAAGGAAGAAAUUAGCAUCAAUAUCCUAGAAGAAGCUCUCCUAAAGGAGUGCUCCAAAGUUGCACUCAAGAAUUGGGAUAACCUAUGAAAAGAAGUUCCUGAUGUAAUCAGGAUACUUUCUGAAUCUCCACAGGAAGAGAAUGAUGAAAAAUAAAGAGGGCUCCACUCAAGAGAGUAAUCUUUCUGUGGAAGAGAUAAAUUUGGCUAAAAUUCUUACCAAAUUCCACAAGGAUAAGCUAAACGAGAUCAAAGAGAAAGACCAAAUAAUCCAGAAGCUACGGAGAGACUACAAACUUCUGUGUCAGGAUGAAAAUGAAAAUAACUCAGAAAGAAAGGACUCUUUGUCUUACUCUGAAGAAUACCAGCUAAAUAACUAUCGGAGAGGAUACAAUCAGAGUUAUCAUUCCUUGAUGUUCCAGUUUGAUUCAGCAACCCUCCUCAAAGAGACUGAGAUUAAAUAAGAUGGUCAUCCAGGUUGAGGAAAGGAAGUACCAGGAAGAAAUUAGCAAGAUUCGGAAGGAAAUAUCCCAACAUUUGAGUAAAAUCCAGAAUAUUGAAAUACAGAAGAAAGCCACCUUUGGGAAGUUUAACCAAGCAUCGGAUAAGACAGACUGAGAAGAAGACACAGACUACUGCGUCUAUGUUCUCAAUGACCAAUAUGUAGUUCUCAAAGCCAUUGAGGUGACCGAAACAGAGGAGAUUUAUAAGGUUUUAAAUAAGAAAAAGGGGAAAGAAAUGAUACUCAGGAUGUUUACAAUAGAUGAAAGUAUUGAUCUAGAAGAUUUAAUGGAUUACUUACAUGAAGAAAACCUUAGUUUUUAUAAAUAAAUGCCCGUUUGCAUGUGCGAAAGUGUAUGAAAUCUUUGAAAACAUUUCCUCGCCUCAUUCAGGGUUAGCUGCUUCGGUAAAUCAGUUAUGAAUUAUCGAGGAGCUUUACUCAGGACCAAGCCUUCAGACUUAUCUUGGGCCGAAUUUUCAGAAACCUAAAAUAUCAGAAUUAUGCAGUUGGGCCUAAGAACUUAUUGAUAUGACUAAAAUUUCUUUUGAAGUCUCCUUCAAACAAUAAGUUGUGAAUUCCGUUGGAUGUUAGUGACAUUGCUCUACACUAUAAAUCUAUCAAAAUCUCCCUAUCUAAUUAUUUAAUCAAAAGGUAUCUGACUGAGAUUGCAGAUGGGAAUGUUGACUGUACCAGCCAAGCAUGUUUAGGCUUAUACAAAGAUUUGCCUGAAAAUUCUGAAAUUACACAAGCUGUUGAUCGAAAAGAUAAGUGACACCUUGCAAAAUUGCUCAGAAGUUUUAUAUAAAUUUUCAAUCUAAUUAUGACUCAAGGAAGUUCCACGAGCACCACCUGAAAUUAAUAG